UAUGAAAAUGCGCAUGCGCAAUACACGUACCUUCGUUUCUUGGCAUCAGAUUAGAAAUGUUCGUCGCAUGAAUUUCUCUUCAUCUCCUUUUAAUUCAUAUCUCAACCAACACACACACAGUUUAUAGUAACGCUGUCCGUAUCAAUAAUUCACAUGGCAUUGGUAUAACAGAAGAUAUAUUCUCAAUAUUUAUCAUCUUUUAAAACUGAAAGAAAAUUAUGUACAAAGUAGAUAUAUAACAGUAUUUCAAUAAAUCUGUUGUCGAUUUCUGUGAAGUAUUUGUUCUAAUUUGAUAUCAUAAGCAAAAUUUCUGCACAUCUGACUGGAGUGCUGAGCAGACUUCGAUACAUUUACAUAAGUGUUACUAGAGAAGGGAAACAGUGGACAGAAGUGGAAGUAUUUCUAAGAUUAAACAAGAAGAAAAACAAGGAAUGUAUAUUUAUAUUGUGAUUUGAGAAAAAUAACAAUGGAAAAGAUUGAGAAAAUUAUAGAAAUACAUACAGGAGAAAAACUACAUCACUGUGAUGUCUGUGCUAAAUCAUUCUCUGAUAAUGAUGACUUAACUAAACACAAACGUAUUCAUUCAGAAGAAAAACCUUAUCAUUGUGAUAUCUGUGGUAAAUCAGCCUCUCGAAAUAGUGACUUAACUAAACACAAACGUCUUCAUUCAGGAGAGAAGCCAUAUCACUGUGAUGUCUGUGGUAAAUCAUUCACUCAAAGUAGUACCUUGACUUCACACAUACGUAUUCAUACAGGAGAGAAGCCAUAUCACUGUGAUAUCUGUGGUAAAUCAUUCUCUCAAAAUGGUGCUCUAAUUAAACACAAACGUAUUCAUACAGGAGAGAAACCAUACCAUUGUGAUAUCUGUGGUAAAUCAUUCAUUGAAAGUGGUAAAUUAACUGCACACAAGCGUACUCAUACAGGAGAGAAGCCAUGUCAUUGUGAUGUCUGUGGUAAAUCAUUUUCUGACAGUAGCCAUUUAACUGCACACGUACGUAUUCAUACAGGAGAGAAACCCUAUAAUUGUGAUAUCUGUGGUAAGUCAUUCUCUCGAAAUAAUGACUUAACUAUACACAGACGUAUUCAUUCAGGAGAAAGACCAUAUCAGUGUGAUAUUUGUGGUAAAUCAUUCUCUCAAAGUUAUAGUGUAACUUCACACAAACGUACUCAUACAGGAGAGAAGCCAUAUCAUUGUGAUAUCUGCGGUAAAUCAUUCUUUGAAGGUAGUAUAUUAACUGCACACAAGCGUAUUCAUACUGGUGAGAAGCCAUAUCACUGUGAUAUCUGUGGUAAAUCUUUCAUCCGCAGUAAUGACACAACUAGACAUAAACGUAUUCAUACAGGUGUGAAGCCAUAUCAUUGUGAUAUCUGUGGUAAAUCUUUCAUUGAAAGUGGUAUAUUAACUGCACACAAGCGUAUUCAUACAGGAGAAAAGCCAUAUCACUGUGAUAUCUGUGGUAAAUCUUUCAUCCGCAGUAAUGACAUAACUAGACACAAGCGUAUUCAUACAGGAGUGAAACCAUAUCAUUGUGCUAUCUGUGGUAAAUCAUUCAUUGCAAGUGGUAAAUUAACUGCACACAAGCGUAUUCAUACAGUGGAGAAGCCAUAUCAUUGUGAUAUCUGUGGUAAAUCUUUCAUCUGCAGUCAUGACAUAACUAGACACAAGCGUAUUCAUACAGGAGUGAAACCAUAUCAUUGUGAUAUCUGUGGUAAAUCUUUCAUCUGCAGUAAUGACAUAACUAGACACAAGCGUAUUCAUACAGGAGUGAAACCAUAUCAUUGUGCUAUCUGUGGUAAAUCAUUCAUUGCAAGUGGUAAAUUAACUGCACACAAGCGUAUUCAUACAGUGGAGAAACCAUAUCACUGCGAUAUCUGUGGUAAAUCUUUCAUCCGCAGUAAUGACUUAACAAGACACAGACGUAUUCACACAGGAGAGAAGUGAUAUCUGUGGUAAAUCGUUCACUGAAAGCAGUAACUUAACUGCACACAUAGGUAUUCAUACAGGAGAGAAGUGAUAUUUGUGGUUAAUCCUUCCCUCAAAACAUUUCCUUAACUGCACGUAAAUGUACUGAUGCAGGAGAGAAGUCUUUUCAUUAUAUGUUGUAAAUCCUUCCCUGAUAAAGGUGACUUAACUAAACACAGCUGUCUUCAUUCAGGCGAGAGACCAUAUCACCUGUGAUAUAUGUGGUAAAUCAUUCUCUCAAAGUUAAAGCGUAACUUCACAUAAACGUACUCAUACAGGAGAGAAGCCAUAUUAUUGUGAUGUCUGUGGUAAAUCAUUCACUGAAAGUAGUAAUUUAACUAGACACGUAUGUCUUCAUAGAGAAGAGAAAGGAAAAGAUUAAUUUCUAAUUGUUUCUUCUGUUAACUUCUUUUUCUUAAUAUUCCUGUUUGUCAUGUAAUGGAAAUUACAAUUCUGAAAAUAAAGUAUU